UUUAAUGUAGAGCGCAGAAUAGAGGCGGAUCUGUAACAGGCAGCUUCUGUAUAUAUAUAUAUAUAUUGUGAGUGAGUAUUCAUAUUUUCGUGAAUCUUGUUGGAUAUAGACACACCUGUUGGAUGUUCUGACACCUGUUCACAAUCUUUUAAAUUCUUAGAUAUUUAUUUGUGGUACAUGGAUGAUAUGACAAAUAAAUGAUUACAUAGUAACAAAGGACAUUUAUAAUUGUCAUGCAUGCUUCAUACAGUCUUUUAACAGAUAUGGAGCAAACAGAACAACCUCGAUCACCCGUGAAUAAACCUGAAGAAGGUUUUACAUUUCUACUUACAAUUUUAGAAUUGACAGGAAUCGCUUUUAUUAUUUUAAUGAUAGUAUGGAUUACACAAUUUAGAGGUGGAUUUUCUUGGACAUCUAAUCCAAAUCUUGAAUUUAAUUGGCAUCCUUUAUUAAUGACUAUUGGAUUUGUAUUUCUCUAUGGCAAUGCUAUGCUUAUAUAUAGAACGCAGAGAAACGUUCGAAAGAGGCGACUAAAAUUAAUACACACUGGAUUAAUGUCGAUUACUAUUUUAUUGACAAUUAUUGCAUUGGUCGCUGUUUUUGACAGUCAUAAUUUAAAAAAUCCGCCUACACCAAAUAUGUAUACUUUACAUAGCUGGAUAGGAUUAUCAUGUGUGAUAUUAUUUUGCUUCCAACUACUUGCAGGAUGUAUUACUUUUCUUUAUCCCGGCUUACAUGAAUCGUUAAGGGCAACUUAUAUGCCAAUACACGUUUACUUUGGUGUAGCAACUUUUAUUGGAAGUAUCGCAACUUGUUUAAUUGGACUUAACGAAAAAGCAAUCUUCUCUAUAACUGAUUAUAAAGAUUUUGCUUCUGAGGGAAUCUUGGUAAACACUAUUGGAAUAUUUUUAAUUAUUUUUGGAGCACUAGCGGUAUAUUUAGUAUCGCAGGAACAAUAUAAGCGUCAACCUAGACCAGAGGAUAAUGUUCUGCUAACUAAUAGGAACUAAUUGACGAAUGAUGAAAUAUUGGCUUGAAAAAUGAUAUUCUUGUCUAUGUGCUUGCGCUUUUAGAAGCUAUUGAUAAGUUUUCAUUGGUCUCAGAUUUUUAAUAUAUUUCUUU